AUGAUUAAAAAGUUGUCUGGUCAAUAUUCAGACAUUUUCUCCGAAGUAAAGGAACAAUAUCCUUCAAUUAUUAGCGAUAAACUUUUCUCGAAUUUAAAGGAGGAAACAAAAUCAGUUGAGGAUUUUGUCAAAGCAGAAGAGAAUUAUCAAAAAUCUCCUUCUGAUAAUGGCAACGAUAAUAGUGGAAAUGGCACGAACAACAAGGGCAAUUCAAAUAACAAUGGUAAUUCCAACGGCUCAAAUGGAGGAGGCAACACGCCCUCUUCCUCAAACAAUUCCGAACUGGAAGAGAAGAUAAAAGAUUUGCAAAAUCAAUUAAGCACAGUCAAAAAAGAAUUAGGAAAAAAACAACAGCAAAAUCCUAAUUCUAGUGAUAGUUUACAAGAAGAACGAAAAAAGGAUGAAUUAGAAAGGGAAUUGGAAAGAUUAAAUCGAGAAAAAGAGAAUAACAAAAAGACAGGAAGACAAAACCCCCAAAAACAGCAAGAAGCAAAAAGAAGUAAAGUUAGUUCAUUUAAAAUAAAGCAUAUGACUAAUAAAAACCAAAAACAAAAGUCCUUUAAGGAAUAUUUACAAGAAAUUGAGGACCCUAAAAAUAACAGCGAAAUAAAUUAUGCUUUACCGGAAAACCCAACCCCUUUACAAGUCGCCAAGUUUGAAAUCUGUCAGGAGAUUUUAGGUUAUAAACUAGAUAACGACUUAACUCGUGAGCAGGUAGCGGAAAAAAUAGGAAUAAGCAAAGCGGAAACGGAGGAUAUUUUAUUUUGCCAUAUUGAGGAGUUUACUUUGGAUAGAUUGGUAGAUUAUGCUAGUAAAUUAUUAGAUCCUAUUCAACAUUUUAGCAAAGAGGAUAAUGAAUGGCAAUGGACUUAUGAAAUAAAGAUUAUUUUCAAUAAGAACCAUAUAAUUGCGAUUACUAUUACCGACCAUUAUCAGAAACAUCCAGGUCGAGAGCAAAUUACCAAUGAACUGAUUUUGGAACUGUUGAAAAAGUUAAAUGGUUGA